AUGUUAGGUAUAUCAAAGUUUAGCACACCAGAGGAAUGUAAACGAGCUUAUCUGAAACUUGCGUGCAGUAUACAUCCAGAUAAACGAAAGGAUUCAGAGGCAAAUGCUGAAUUCCAACAAUUACACGAAGCCUAUACAAUUGCCUAUGAAGUCUGUGUACAUAAUCAGAAAGCAAACAUUCUUAGUACACUCAAUCAGUUGGAAGAUGAUAUCCUAGAUUUUCGUCAUAAAGCACCACAA